GGCAGGAGGCGGGGCCCCGCAGACGCCGCGGUCCGCGCAAUGCGGCAACCGGCGGUACGGCUGCUGCGGCUGAGUCAGGUGCCGUAUGCCGAGCUGCUGGCGCUGCAGGAGCGCUGGCUGUGGCGGCUGCAGGCCGAGCCAGGGACCGAGGCGGGCGCGCUCCUGCUCUGCGAGCCCGCGGGGCCCGUGUACACCGCCGGGCUGCGCGGCGGCCUGACGUCCGAGGAGGCGACGCGGCUGCGGGCCUUGGGUGCCGAGGUGCGCGCCAUUGGCCGCGGCGGCCUAGCCACCUUCCAUGGCCCGGGCCAGCUGCUCUGCCACCCCGUACUCGACCUGCGACCCCUUGGCCUGCGCCUGCGCGCCCACGUGGCGGCGCUGGAGGCGUGCGCCGUGCGCCUGUGCGAGCUCCAGGGCCUACCGGGGGCCCGCGCGCGGCCCCCACCCUACACCGGCGUCUGGCUGGGCGAGCGCAAGAUCUGCGCAAUCGGAGUCCGCUGUGGAAGGCACAUUACAUCUCACGGCCUGGCGCUGAACUGUUCUACGGACCUCGCGUGGUUUGAGCACAUUGUGCCCUGUGGGCUGGUUGGGACAGGUGUCACUUCCCUGAGUAAGGAGCUCCAGAGGCAUGUCACUGUGGAUGAAGUAAUACCACGUUUCCUUGAGGCCUUUAAAGAGACCUACAAGUGCACAUUGAUCUCAGAGGACAGCCCCAACUGAAGGGCAUUUAUAUUAUCACAGCCUGGAGGUCCUGCCUUGGAAAGCACCACACCUGACAUGGAGUCACUGAAACCCAGAUUCUAGACCCAGCCCUGUCAUUCACACACCAUGAGACUAUGGGCAAAUCAUGAGCUCUGAGCCAUUGGUUCCAUAUGUAUCCUGGUUUAUUUAUUUCUUCCCCACCUACCUCAGAUAUAGAUGUGAAAACAUUAUGAAAAGCAUGCUGUAUAAAUAUAAGGCAUUAGCACUACUGUUGACACCAUUUUCUCAGCUUAGAAAAACUCAGAUAUCAUAGAGUGUCAUUUCUCAAAUAUUUAUUAUUUCCUCAAUACUGUAUUUAACUGGGGAAGCCUGGGCUCCAUUUCCUUUGAUUUUUGUAAGAAUCAUUUCUCUGGAUCGUCCAGGUGAAGGUGAUGUGAUGUGGUGCUUUUUUAUUCUCAGGAGACCUGGGUGCUUUCUGCAAUAAAAGGGAAAGGGAAAGGCCUCUUUAAAGAAUAAAAUGGGAUUCUGUGUUCCUGGGUUGGAUUCCUCAAGCCUGAUAGCUAUUUUUAGUUAGGUAACCUGAGCUAGGCCAGAGGCUAGAGGAAAGAGAAGAAUAAUUUCUCACACUACAAAUGCCAAAGAUAGAAGUAAGUUUUUCUUAUAUGAGAUCUCUGUUUGUAAGGUUGUAUAGUAAUUAUCUAUUGCUGUGUAACAAAUCACCCCAAAACUUAAUGACUUAAAAGAAUAGACAUUUAUUAUCUCUUACACUGUGGGUCAGGAAUUCGGGAGAAACUUAGUUGGGUGGUUCUGGUCAGGGUCUCUCAGGUGCAAUCAAGAUGUCAGCUGGGGGCUUCCCUGGUGGCACAGUGGUUAAGAAUCCGCCUGCCAAUGCAGGGAACGGGGGUUCGAGCCCUGGUCCGGGAAGAUCCCACAUGCCGUGGAGCAGCUAAGCCCAUGCGCCACAACUACUGAGUCUGUGCUCUAGAGCCCGAGAGCCACAACUACAGAAGCCCGCGCACCUAGAGCCUGUGCUCCGCAACAAGAGAAGCCACCGCAAUAAGAAGCCCGUGCACCACAGCGAAGAGUAGCCCCCGCUCACCGCAACCAGAGAAAGCCUGCGUGCAUCAAGGAAGACCCAACGCAGCCAAAAAUAAAAUAAAUAAAAUAAAAAUAAAUAAAUCUAUUAAAAAAAAAAAAGAUGUCAGCUGGGGCAGCUCUCAUCUGAAGGUUUGACUGGGGCUGGAGAAUCAGCUUCCAAGAUGAUUCACUCACAUGCUUGGUUGGUAGUAGUUGUUAAAAGGAGGCCUUAAUUCCUCACCUUAGUUCCUCAUCACUCCACAGGGCUGCUUGAAUGUUCUCAUGACCUGGCAACUGGCUUCCCCCAGAGCAAGUGAUGCCAGAAAGAGACAAGGCGGAAGCCACAAUGUCUUUUAUGACCCAGCAUUGGAAGUCACACAGUCAUUUCUGCAGUCUCUUAAUAUGUGAGCCCUAUUUAGUAUGGAAGGGACUGCACGAGGGUGAUAGGAGGUGAGGAUCAUUAAGGGCCAUCUUGGAGACUGACUACCACAGGCAGUUAGGGUAGAAAGAGCCUUGAAUGAGAAGUCAGGCAACUCUAGUUCCAGUCCUGGCUCUGUGGAACAGUAACCAACAACAUUUAAGAUGGCGGUUGCUUCCUGAGGGACUGCAAUGAGCAGAGCUCCCUGCUGCUGAUGGACAUGUGGUGGAGUUCAGCCACCAAAAUGUGAGGGUUGUUCAUUACCACAGCAUAAGUAAGUAGCUUAUGCUGACAGAUAAAAUAUGUUUAUAUUAAUUAGGACUCUUGUAUUUGCAAGUGUAGAAACCCAACUCAAACUAACUUAAGCAACAAACAAACAAACCCCACAAUGGGAGGGUUAUUGGAAAAGGUACUGAGGGGGUCUCAUAAAAUCCAAGGGUGGGGCUGCAGCUGGGCUCCAGAACAGAACCAGUGCAUGUAGCCCUUUAGGAACCCAUAUGGUCUUUUCUCUCCUGUUCUCUGCCGUGAUUCUUGGUGUGUUUGCUUCAUUCUAUCUUACUUCAGUCCAGCUUUCUCUGUUUCCCAGGCCAUGUAGUGGAAGAUGGCUACUGCUGCUGUUAUCCAUGAAUGUUGGAGUAGAGUCAAGAAAAAUCCCCAGGUUUCUGGCUUGAGCAAGUGGGUGGAUGCUAGAGGUAUUGCUGGGAUAGAGAACUCUGGAUAAUGACCAAGUUUGGAGAGAAUGAUAAUGAGUUCAGUUUUAGGUAAAUCAGGUUUGAGAUACUUGUGGAAGAUGUAGGUGGAGAGGGCCAGUUGGGUGUUUGGAUCUGGAGCAUGGAUGUGAUGAGCGAUGGUUUAGGUCUGGGAGCCCAAAGAGAAGGGGAGGGCAGAGGACUGAUAAAUGGGAGGCACGCGCCAAGGAGGAGCAGGCCAAGGAGACUGAGAAGCAGUCUAGGCAGAGACAUAGUGCGGGACCCAGAAUGAGACAACAUGACGAUCUCAUUCACUCUUCUGGCAGCACAGCAGGAUAGGUAGGCUUAUUUUAUGGAUGAAAAAACAGGCUUGGGAGGCUAAGUGACUUAUUUGAGGUCAUGCACUUAGGGGCAGAGUCAGUCCCUGGCUCCUAAUCUGGGCUCUUUUCCACUCUCCCACAGCUGCCUCUGAAGGGUGAGCAGGGUAGGUAUCCUGGAGGAGAUAUGCCUCCAAGAACAGGUGGGUCGACAGAGCUGAGGAGGACGCAGGGCAGAAGGCCAGAGUUAGGCUGAGGCCGGACGUGUGGAAUUGGCUCAGGCCACUGCUGUGGGUUCCUGACUCUCCUUCCUUUCUGGACAGAGCCCACCUACGCUUUCCCACUGGGGCCCUUCCUCAAGGAAGGAAGCUGAGUGUACGAAAGAGGAUAGUUAACACCCUGGCUUUUCCACCUCCAGAAAGCCUCUUCUUGUUUAUGAGAAGUCUUUUCCUCAUAAAUAAACAAAUUGUCCAAGGUCUGGUGAAUGAGUGCUAAGUGUGAGGACGUGACCAACUGCAGUCACUGGCCCAGCAUCUUGUUCCUCAGCGAGGCUGGCCGGAAACCAAACAGAACCUGCUCUGGCAGUGUGACCAGGUGCACCUCGCUUCAUGAAAAAAGCCUCUGACUGAAAACCUUCAUGGAAAUCAGAUAUUUGCAAUCAAAAUCUAAUUUUUUCACUAAAUCGUAAUUUACCUUACCUAUUAUCAUACCAUAUUAUAAUAACUAUAAAGUUUUAACAAACAACAACACUUGCACUCCCACCUAAAAAAAAUUCAUUUGUGUGUUUCCGACACUUGAUUAUGAGCAGACAUCUUUUAUUAUUCUAUUCUAUUCUGUUUUAUAAUUCUAUUAUGAGUUAUUAUGUGGAUAAAAUUAUGUAUACUAUUUUAAACCAUAGUAUUACAAAGAUUCUCCCACAUUGCUAGAUAGUCUUUAUAUUUUUAACAUCUUAAUCUUGUUUUUAUUUCUUUUAAAAAAAUAUAGGCAAUGCAUGCACAUGGAAUAAAAUUUAAAAGGUACAAAAUGCUACCAUUGAAAUGUAAGUCUUAUUCCUAUCCCUUUGCCCUGUAAACCCAGUCCCUUUCCUGGAGGCCUAAAUGAUGGUAAAUGUCUUAUUUAUAUUCUUCAGAGAUAUUUUAUAUAUAUAUAAGCAUACAUGCUUGUAUGUGUACAUUCUUUUUCAUAUAGUAGCAUACUAUACACACAUCCCUGCACUUUGUAAGAUUGUUUCAGGUCGGUAUAUAAAGAACAUCCUCAUUUUUAGAAACGGCUGUGGAGUAUUCCAUUCAGUGGAUUUACCAUGACUUAUUUAGCUAGCCCCCAUUGAAGAUGUUUAGGUUAUUACUAAUCUUUUUCUUUUACAAAUAAGGCUGCAGUGAGGAUCCAUAUAUAAACGUGCACGUGUGUCUGUGUGUGUGUCUGCCUAUUGUAUCACACAUGGUGAGCACAGAGUUUGCGUUUCUAGAAGUGAUUUUCUGAGUCAAAGGAUAUGUGCAUUUUUAUUUUAAUAUAUGUCAUAUUGCCUUUCAUAAAACUUAUACCAAUUUAUAUUCCCAUCAGCAAUGUACAAUGCCUGAAUUUUAAAUGUUCUAGCAUCUUAGAUUUUUCUUCAUCUUUAAAGCUUUUUAUUAUAAAAUCUUUCAAACAUACAACAAACCCCAUGAACCCCAUGUACCCAUCACGCAGGUAAAACAAUCAACUCAUGGCCAUUCUUAGUUUAUCUAAACCAGUGCCCAUUUCCUGCCUCCUCCCUGGAUUGUUGUGAAGCAAAUCACAGGUACCAUAUUAUUUCAUGCAUAAAUAUUUCAGUAUGUAUUCCCAAAAGAUAAGGACUCUUUUAAAAAAAACAUAACCACAGUAUAUCAUUAACACAUAUAAAAAAUACUUAUUCAAUAUCAACAAAUAUUCAGUUAAUAUUCAGAUUUCUUUCUUUCUCCCUCCUCCCUCCCUCCCUCUGUCCCUCCUUCCUUCCUGUAGUUGGUUUGUUCAAACCAGGAUUCAAACAAGGUCUACACACUGAAUUUGGUUCAUAUGUCUCAUAAAUGUCUCUUUUCACCUAUGGUUCCCCCGCCAUCUUUUUAAUCUUUUUCUCCUGUGUUUCCUGAAGGUUAAAAAGUAGAUCCUGACAAUUGGCAUGAUUCAGGUAUGAUUUUUUUUAGCACAUCUGCUUUGUAGGUUAUGGUGUGUUCUUACAUCAAGUAGCAUGUGGUAUCUGUUUUGGGGUUUGUUUUUUUUUUCCUCUUUUUUUUUUUGUGAUGACUAUGCCCUAGAUUCAUUAUUUUAUUAGGGGUUUGUAAGAUGUGAUACUCCGAUUCUAUCAUUCCUUCUUCACUUACCAGCUGGAAUACGUCUAUAGACCUGGCAGGCUGAGUGCAAAAGAACUCAACAUGUCCGGUAGCAUUAGUGUUAUUAGCAUUUUAUUAGUUUUUUAGUUUUGUUCAUUUUCAUUAAAAUUUGUAUUGAAUAAAUACUAUGUAAAAGAUUUGCUUUUACAGUUGCACUGGAGUUUAAAAUGAGUUUAAAUUUGAACAUAUUUAGAUUAUCAGCCCUGAGUACCUCAAUGAUUUUUUUCCUUUAAAAGGGGUUCAUACAUCAUUCAAGUUCAAGAGACACUGGUAUAAGGCUAUAGUGUUACAUUUUUUCAAUUUACCUAAACUGUGAGCUUUUCUAAGCCAGAGACUGUUUCUUUGUUUUCUUUGUUUGUAUCCUAGCAUGUGAAAGGAAACAGUGAUUCAAUGACUGUUAUUAUGAGGAAUUCCCUGUAGCCUCCACUUUGGUCUUUUUGUUGACAGACAUCAGUAUCCAGUCUGCGAAGUGGUCAUCCCAGCCCUGCUCACACAGCUCCAGAUGUGGAGCAUUCUUCAUAAUUCUGAUUGUUAGAAAGUUGUUCCUCAUCCCAAACUGAAACCUGCCCACAACAGUGUCAUAAUUCUGCUCUCCUGCAAGUCCUCCUCUGAGAGGUCUUCCCUGGCCACACCGUGCAUCCCCCUUGGGUGGCAGUGGCCCCAGUGAUGUAGUUACUUAUUUCCAUGUCUGACCCCAUCCAGACUGUGAGCUCCCCAGGCAGGGACUAUAGCUGUAUCACCCAUGGCCCUCUCAGGACCAGCCCAGGCAGGGCCUCACACAGAGGUGCCCAGAAAUGGCCUGUUGAGCCAGCAAAUGAAUUCUAUCCUAGGAGCGGGCUCUUCUUCAAGUUAAACUUUCCUGAUUCUUCUGUUCUUCAUAAAAUGUAGCUUCCAGACUCUGCCCCCACUGCCCUCAUCUCAACAGGCUCCAAUUGGCUAACAUGGCCUUAACCUGUGUUGCUUGAAGAUAACAUGCCUGGUGUGGUCUGGCCAGUGUUGGGGAAGCUAGUAAAAUAGUCUUGUUCAGGCUUCAGAGGCAACAGUAGGCCUUUGACUAAACAAAGACCCUGAAAGAGCUACAUGCCGAACUGCUAGACUACAUGCAGGUCAGCAGAAACGGUGCUAGCAAGUCUUGGGAAUCUGGCCAGUUCCCGGGGAUCAGCGAACAUUCUGAGACUUCCAACUAAAGUAUCAAAGCAUAUGCAAUAACAGCCAGAGCUGCAUAUUUUCACGCAAGCUGAUGAUCAUCAGUUUGCAGCUUGGCAUUAAAAGCAGGACUCCUUUGGGCGGCACUCUGAAGUCUCAUCCGUGGGGGAACGCACCGCCUGGGACCUUCCCAACUGGGACUCCAGAUUGCUGUGCAAGGGACUUCCCAGCUGCUGCUUGGAUCUGGAAGUAGGUGUCGGUGCAAUUCGGUGAUGUAUGCUCUGUUAUAUACUCUGUUAAUAUUCUUAUUCCUUUUCCUCUAAUGAUUGUAUAUUGAAAUUUAUAUACUCUGUUAAUAUUCUUAUUCCUUUUCU